CCUCCUCCUCCUCCUCCGCCUCCUCCCUCUCCUUCUCCUCCCCCUCCCGGCCCCGCGCUGACAGCAGGGCCGGGGGCUCCCCCGCCGGGCUGUCUUUGCCAGGUUGACAGCGGAGGGGCGGGGGCCGCUCAGCCCGAGCCCCCGGAGCCCCUGGCGCGCCCCGGGGCCGGGAUGGAGAAACCUUCGGCUGUGGCCGCGUCCGCGUCGGAGGAGGAGGUGCUGGAGUGGCAAGUGGCGAGCCGAAAGAGGAAGGCCUGGGCCAAGUGCCGGGACUCCUGGCAAGCGUCGGAGACGGAGGAGCUCUCCACAGAAGCCACGCAGGAGGACGACGACGAGGACGACCCGGACCUGGCGGGAGAAAAGCUGCCCCCAGCUGCAGAAAGAGGAAACGUCCCAAAUGAAAAGAUCGCUAUAUGGCUCAAAGACUGUCGAACACCUUUGGGAGCGUCCCUAGAUGAACAAAGCAAUAUUACACUUAAGGGUGUGCUUUUGAAAAAUGGAGGAAGUUUUGAAGAUGAUCUGUCUUUGGGAGCUGAGGCUAACCAACUACAUGAAGGUGAUGCUCAAACUGAACCCUGCAGUAGUGUCUUGGCUAAGGAAAGACGACUUCAGUUUCAUCAGAAGGGGAGAAGUAUGAAUUCUACUGGCUCUGGAAAAAGUAGUGGAACAGUAUCAAGUGUUUCAGAACUGCUGGAACUUUAUGAAGAAGAUCCUGAGGAAAUUCUUUACAAUCUUGGAUUUGGACGAGAUGAACCAGAUAUUGCUUCUAAAAUUCCAUCAAGAUUUUUUAAUUCAUCAUCAUUUGCCAGAGGGAUAGAUAUUAAAGUAUUUUUAAGUGCUCAAAUGCAGCGGAUGGAAGUAGAAAACCCAAAUUUUGCUUUAACAAGCCGUUUUCGUCAAAUUGAAGUGCUUACCACUGUGGCCAAUGCUUUUUCUUCUUUAUAUUCUCAAGUCUCUGGGACUCCAUUGCAGAGAAUUGGUAGUGUGUCUUCUGUGAUUUCUAACAAGGAGACAGACACCCCUCCACCUUUAACUCGAAGUAACACUGCUAGUCGCUUAAUGAAAACACUAUCAAAACUGAAUUUAUGUGGGAAUCAACUAGCAGGAGAAAGUACUCCAUCCCCAACUGCUGAAAAGGGAAAAAAUUCAAGUGUCGCAGGGACUGAAGAAAAUGGCAUUAAAAGUGAUCCAAAAUCACCCAAAAGUAUAAAAAAGAAAGAUAGUUCACCUUUGUUGGCUACAGUGAAAGAAGAGGCAUCUGGUAAUCCAACAAACAUUUUGGGCAGUGUUAACAUUGAAAGACUUUCUGAUGAAGUAAAUAGUAAUUUAAGCCAAGGAACAGAAGACGAUCAAAAUAAGGAAUCCCAAAGUCAUGAAAUUAGACAAGGUGAAAAGUCUGGCAUUAUAGACUCUAAUUUCACUAGUGACUUCAACGUGUCCAGCAGUAGUGAGAUAGAAAGCAGCAGUGAGCCAAAAAAUGUACAUACAUCCAUGCCAGAUAAAGAACCAUGUGUACCGAUACCAAAUCCAUCCAUAAAGAACAUUAUGAUAUCACAAAAGGACUCCUUUGAGAUGGAAGAGGUUCAAAGUACAGAGGGAGAAGCUCCACAUGUUUCAGCCAUGCCACUAAGUCUUACCAAAUUAAAAAGAGAUCAGUUAUUGCGUACUGCAAGUCAACAUUCUGAUAGCAGUGGUUUUGCUGAAGAUUCUUCUACAGAUUGCCUUCAGAAUACAAAAGAGAUUCCUUUUCAGAUCAAUGGGAGCAGUGCUGAUAGCUGUGACAGUGAGACAACAGUUACAUCACUUGGUGAAGACCUUAUAACACCAUCUGCAAAGACCAACUUACUUAAUGACUCUGAGGAAGAAUCUUUCAUACAUCUCCAAGAAGGAAAAGAAAAGACAGCAACAACUGUUGAAAAAAGAAAGUUAGAUAAUCAGAGCCUCCUGAUACGUGAGGAUGGGACAGAGUAAGGAAGUGAACAGGUUCCCCCUAAUCAAGGAGGUCAUGUUACUGAAAGUGAAGUGAUUUACCUCCAGGAGAGACACCUUGCCUUACUUCGGGAUGCCAGUUCGGAAAGUGAUGUAGAUAAGAGUAAUGACUAUGAAUUUACCCAGUAUACAACACACCACAUUCUUAAAUCAUUGGCUUCUAUUGAGGGCAAAUGUGAUCAUCUGAGCUCUGAAAAAACUGUGUCUCUUCCUUCUUCAGUUGAUAGAGUUAAUGUGGCUUUACAGAGGGCUCAAAUGAAAGUCUGUAAUCUCUCUGAUCCUAGAGUGGGGCGUAGCCUGAUAAAAUCCAAAGAUUUGUUAAAACAAAGGUACCUAUUUGCAAAGUCUGGGUAUCCUCUAAGAAGAUCUCAGUCUUUACCUACACUUUAUGAGUCUGUAACAGUUGUGUCUUCUGUAAAUGUCCGAUUGCCCCCAGGAAAAGAGACUAGAUGUAGUCCAACUUCCUUCACCUUUAAAUAUACACCUGAAGAGGCGGAAUUAGAAAAUGAGGCAGUUGAACAAGAUAGCCAUUCUUUAGUUAAAUCUACACUCUUCAUCUCUCCAUCUGUGAAAAAAGAAACUUCACAGUGUGAAUCAACAAGUAUGGAAGAAUCAAAUCAUAGUAGGGAUUGUACCGUUUAUAAGUCCCCAGCCCCAAUCUCACAGUCUACUUGUUCACUUCAUUCUGUCCACUCUGACUGGCAAGAAAGGCCUCUAUGUGAACACAUGAGGGAACUUAGUACUCACAGUGUUCCAAACAUGUCGGGUGCCUCCUGUUGUGCCAUAGGCCCUCCUUUGGGUUGCCCAUACUCACACAGACCUAGUAACUAUUCAUAUCGUUCAUGUUCCAUGAAUCCUCCUGCCAUUGAAAUGCAGCUGCGGAUACUACAUGAUAUCAGAAAUUCACUGCAGAAUCUUUCUCAGUAUCCAGUGAUGAGAGGACAUGAUCUUGCUGCUGCCUCCCCAUAUGCUACUCAGAGAUCAUCUAUUCUACCUCUUUAUGAAAAUACUUUUCAGGAACUACAAGUAAUGAGGCGAAGUCUGAAUUUGUUCAGAACACAAAUGAUGGAUUUAGAACUGGCGAUGUUACGUCAACAAACCAUGGUUUACCAUCAUAUGACUGAAGAAGAAAGAUAUGAAGUUGAUCAACUUCAGAGUUUGAGGAAUUCAGUCAGAAUGGAACUUCAGGAACUAGAACUACAGCUAGAAGAACUACUUGGUCUGGAAGAGCAACUUCGAACUUUGCAUGUGACAUCACCUUAUCGUUCUCCAACACUCAUGGUCACUGAACUGAUGCAAGAGAGUCCAUAUUUGAAGUCUGAAUUGGGACUAGGGCUUGGAGAACUGGGUUUUGAAAUUCCUGCUGCAGAAGGUUCAGAAUCAGUUUUCUCCCAAGCCACAUCAGAUUCUUCCUCUGUGUCUGGUCCUUCUCGUGCAAAUAGAAGAGGUGGAGUAAUCUCUACUGACUCAGUUAGCAAGGCCAAGACCCAUUUGCCAAGCAAGAAGGUAUUUCGAGCUUCUGUGGCCUUAACACCAACUGCUCCUUCUAGAAUGGGCUCAGUUCAGACCCCUCCAGUUCCUGAAAAUUCUGAAGAAAUUGGAAAAGCUGAGGAAGCUACAGAGUCUGUAGAACCUAAAUCUGAAAUGGAACAAAAGCUUGAGAAUGUACCAUUGCUGCCAGCUUCUGAGGAAAGUCAGAAAAAUGUGGAGCAUGAUGAGUUACAGCAAGUCAUACGGGAGAUUAAAGAAUCUAUUGCUGGGGAAAUCAGGCGUGAAAUUGUCAGUGCUUUAGCAGCAGUCUCUUCUUCAAGUAGGACUGCUAAUUCGAGACAAGAAUAAAUAGCCAUGAAUGGGUAUUACAGGUUGAUGUGGACCAGAUUAACUAUGGACUUUUGGAAUUAUGAUGGUGUACACUGGUGGAGGUGUCAAGUUAUCUUUUACUUGUACUUCAGGAGACACUAUUGCUGCUGAGACAGGCUACUGUAUACAAUUUAUAAUGUUUAUUUCUUCUGUGCAUAUCUUAUUUUUUUAACCAUACAUAGAAAUUUUGGCACUUUGUAGAAUUAUUGGCUUUUCUAAACCAUCAAGACUGUGGCAAUUUAAAAAAAAAAACACCUAAUAUUUAUUUGUAUGUCUUUUUUUUCCAUUCAUUUCCCUGUGUAAAAUUAUAUUUUCAAACUUGAAGACUUCCAGACUUAACAGACUUAUAAAUAACAUAUUUCUUUUGUCUAGCUUCUUAAAACACUGACCUCUGUGAGGUAUUUACUGUGCAAUAACUGAUUCAUUUUUGAGAGCUUGAAACAACCAAUGAUUUUUUUUUCCCGUUGCUGUUACUUAUCGCCACUCCCAAGAAGAAGAAAAUAUUCUUUUGUAAAAAUUGCUAUGAAUUCUUGGGGAAAUUACCAGUAACAGUAUGUUUAGAAUUAAUGAAAUAACCUAAAACUACUUAAAGUUCUUACACUGUAAGCCUUAUCUCUGCACAAAACAAUUAAACCUAAUUUUAUUAUGCUUUCAUAGUAUUCUUUUUUUAAUGUGCCUUAUUUUAAACACUAUGCAUUUUUUUUUGCAUUGGCCAUAGUAUUGUAUUAUAUUAAGAAAGAAAAGUUUCCUUUUCUUUGUCUCAGACAAAAUAAAUCAAUGCUGUCAAAAUAAUGGAACUCAUGACAUGAUAGAAAUGGAUGGAGGGAACAGUUGUUUUGUGGAAAAAUGAAAGUAAUUUAGAUUUUUUUCUGCCCCACAAAUGAUUUUAUUUCAGUUUUUAUGAUAAAAAAUACAUUCUAAUGGGGGAAAAAUGAAAUAAAAGGGGCUAUUGUGUGGUUUUGUAUGUGGUCAAAUAGAUGUGUAAAGUAGCAUGUGAACAUUUGUUGGAAUUCUGUGUUUAUAACUUCCAAUUCUAUUAAUUUUUUGAGUUUAAAUUCUUAAUAAAAAAAUAGCUGAAGUAAUAAUAUUCUUUAAAAGAAGUAUAUCUAAAAAGUUUAUAAAUGUUUGGAUUAUCACACAAGCUGAUUUCUUAAAAAAAUAUUAAAACAAUAAAGUAUUU